AUUCUGGUUGGAAGAAACAAAAAUUCAGGCUUUGCUGAUUUAUAAAAAAAAUCUAGAAAUUAUUAUUCUUAUUUUUAAUUUAGAGCUGUGACAUUUUCACUUAAACUUGUGAUAAAUUCAAAUUCUUUUUUAUUUUUUUUUGCAGAUCCUCCUAGAAUGAUGUCCCUGUCCAUGAAUCCCGGCGAGGAGGUGCUGGAGGGGCAACGAGUGACCUUCACCUGUCGUGCUGACGGGGCCCCGCCCCCCACCCUUGUGAUCAAAAGAAAUGGGGAGGAGCUUCAUGUGAACAGCUCCACCUCCACCUCAUUGCUCACCUUCGACAUCUCCUCCGUGGGGCUGGAAGACUCUGCCCAGUACGAGUGUGAGGCCUUCAACCAGUACGGAAACCAGUCGGUCUCCAAUGAGAUCAAAGUCAAAGCUCCUCCACGGAACACCACAGUCGUCAUCCUGCCCUCCUCUGUGGUCCAGGAGGGCCAGAAUGUCACCGUGUGCUGCCAAACUGUCAGCUACCCUCCAUCAGCUGUGACUCUGAAGAAAAUGACCAACGGCACGGUGUUGAGCUCCAGCAACGGCACAUUCCUGCUGGUGAACGUCACGGCCAGUGACUCCGGCUUGUAUCAGGUCAACGUGACCAACGAUCUCGGGUACCAGAUUAAAGUCUUCAGCAUCAGUGUCAGAGAGAGCAGCAGAGGGCUUCCUCCCAGCCUGGGGGUCGUCAUCAUCUCAGUGGUUUGUGUCACGGCUGGAAUAGCAACUUCUGCUCUGCUGCUGGAGUACGUGAGGAGAUCCAGGAAGAAAGGCUUCUAUCAGCUCCCACAGUCCGCGCCGCCGUCGACUUGUGGCUAGCACGUAACCUCCUGACGCAAAUAAAACUGAUAGGUUUAGAAACUUCAGACUGAAAGAGGCUGCUCAAGUGCAACAUUUGUACUAAAUGUAGCGUUGAGAGUUUCAGCUGGAGGCCCGGCCGCCCAAAGCCUGAAAGAGCAGCUCUGAGGGUACUGAGGCUUGAACCUGUGACUCUACGACACGCACAGAUGCUAGCUCCUGAGGCACGCCUUUCAUCCUCUAUUUAGGCAUCAACGUUCAUCAUAACACCAACUUUCAGCUCACGUAUCGCACCAUGCGGCGCCCAAAUGGACCUCCAUCUGUCAACAAGCUGCUGACAACAAACAAAUGAAAAUGAAUGUAAAACUGAGAAGGACUUCACUUCUACUGAGUACAAAGUAGUUCCACUAUCGGAGGGAUGAAGCUACACUCCUAACAAUCACUGGGUGGCUCAAAGCUAAGUCCAAAAUCCACUGAUGCUAGGGAUCACAUUUCCAGUCUGUGAAUGUCAGAAGCAACAAAAAAGGUGGAAAAGGAUCCUUUCUCCUGUUUAUAUUCCAUCCCACCUCCCCCCUCAACAUGUGUCUACCUCCUCUAACAAUCCUGGUACCGUCACACCUCUGGGCUCCUCAGACGGGGAUCUUCCACCGUCCAUUUCUAACGGCUUUUCUCUGACUUUACUGCAGUUUUCUGCUCAUUCUAGACUUUUCUAUGAACAGACACAAAGCUCGGAAGGUUCUUUUUGUGCUUCGCUUUCACUUUUCUCUGAUUCUUAGUGCUCCUUUGGCCAUAGAGAUUACAGGAAUUUGUGAGAACUGUACGGUUCCCGUUUGUUUUUUUAUUAAAGAGUUGUAUUUCCUCACUC